AUGCAGACUGCAGACUGCAAAUGCAUCAUAUUCCCGGACGAAGCCGGAGACUACAUACUAUUAAAUACCAAGAUCUACGACUGCGACUCCAGCUUCCGUGGCCAGCUUCAACCCGGAGAAUAUACCCAAACUGGACCUGGUAGAGCGAAAGCAAGGCUUAAGGGUCUGCAUUCGCCUCUAAAUCGCCUCGGAACACCUUCAGGACACCUACACAGGAUCCCAGGGCCGAACAUCGAUGUGCUUAAGUGGUGUUGGGCACCGGGGGGCAGUCCGCACGUAGCCAAGCCAGGCAGCUAUAAGCUUCUGCGGGCUCGGUCCGUAAAGCUUCUUCCCUUUUUCAAGACCCAGAACCCACUUUUCCGUGCCGUAUUCCUUGCUUUGUCAAGAGCCCCCUUACAAUCUGAUUCUUCUUUGCAGAGCGAUACGAUAAGAGCAAGGCCUACGGAUACAGAGCAAGGCCUGCGGAUACAGAGUAAGGCCUGUGGAUACAGAGCAAGGCCUGCGGAUACAGAGCCUACGGAUGCAGAGCAAGGCCUGUGGAUGCAGAGCAAGGCCUGCGGAUGCAGAGCAGGGCUUACGGAUGCAGAGCAAGGCUUGCGGAUACAGAGCAAGGCCCGCGGAUACAAAGUAAUGCCUGCGGAUACAGAGUAA